CUUCUCUCCAGUCGGCCGAAUGCGCGCCUGCAUUGCGCACGUGCGCUUCGUCGCGGUCACUCGCACUACUACAAAAAUACAACAAAAUAAACUAAAAAAAAAUGACAUUCAAUAACAAUGUAUUAAAGAUGUGCUACAAUGUUCCAAAUAGUGAGUUUUUGUUAUAAAUAAGUGAUUUGACCUGUUGUUUCUGAUGGUAAAGAGAAGCUUUGCUCUAGCGUCGGAGAAUCUUGAAUGACGAUAUGAAACAACAUUUUCUAUGGCUAUAAAUCGGCCGUAACUGUGCGCUUUAAUCGGUAAUGUGUUGUCAAACUUAGUGUAGAUAUAAAUAUGUAAUGAAUAUUGGACGGACGUGAGUUCUAGACCCGUGGUGUAUGCUAAUCAGUUGGUUUCUUUUAACCCGCACAAAAACCUCUGCACCCGAUACUGCAGUGCGAUUUGUGUUGCAAAUUUUAAUGUUUAUAGCAUUCGGAUUCCGGACUGAACUGACACUAUAAAUUCACGUACGGUUUUAUACUAACCGAAAGAGUUACGGUGUUUAGUGCUUACUUUUAUUGUAGUGAUUAAGAUUGCUGCCAGAACUAUGAAGCUCGGAAGUGAUCGAUCUGUAAACUUAAUUAGGGAACUAAAGUGAUGAGAGUCUAUCAAAAUCAAUCGAUAGUGAAGAAACAAAUGCACAACGAUCAGUGAAAACGGUAACCAGUCGUUCUACAGUAGUGGUAAGUCGAGUUUAGUGAACGUAAACAGUGUAACAACGUGAUAAUGUGUGCAGAGUUUGUGUGAAGUGGACCAAUGGUAGUGGAUGUGGGAACAUGGGUCGACAGCGGCCGAGGGCGCGGCACCACGAGCUGCCGGGGCUACAGCGGUCGUGGAUACGGCACCAGAGGGACCCGGAGCGGCGAGGUGCCGGCCUCUCGCUCAUGCUGAGGUGGAUCCUCUGCGUGUGGCUGGCUGGCUGCCUGCCUCUCGGCAACACCGUCAAACAAGAUGGUUGUGCGUUCCCGGCGCGGUGGCAGGGCCGGUGGUUCCAAUCAGGUGUCAUACAGUCCAUCCUGAUCGAGGGCGACCGUCUCUCCAACAAGGGGAGGUGUCUCUCAUCAGAAGGCGACAAAUUUCUUAUAGUUGACGAGAAAGGUUGUUACCGUUGCGUUGUAAUGCAUGAGAAACACAUCAAUGUUCUGCAGUAUAAAGAAACGUUCUGUCAUCGGCGAGACGCGCUACCGCACCUCUGCUCUUUGAUCACUGGCGACGCGCUUCUUUACUCUAUGUUCCGCGAAUCCGCUUCGCCCGUCGACUGCCCGCUAAAGGGACCUUUCUCCUUCACUUACAACAGGGGUCAUGGCGACUGCAAGAGUCCAGUGUCAUCAAUAGAAAGCUGCACGGAGGAGUCGCGUCUGCUACUCAACUACCAGGCCUGCCCCGACGUAUAUGGCUCCGAGAGCACGGUGGAGGAGUUAGAGUGCCUAGCGACAUGGAAGGAAGGCAGCCUGCGCUUCUUGGUAGGCAAACUGCACCACGGACACGCAACCACCAAUGAGGACCGCUACCGCUGCUUCGUAUACGAGAAGACCAGCGGCAUCGGAUCCAGUAUUCCUAUGAAGGAGAGUCCGACGGCGGCGGGCGGCGUGGAGUACCGCGUGGCGCAGUCGGGCGACGCCACCUGCAACGGACUCUUCAGCGCCACAGAGGGCUCCCGGACUAUGGCGCUCAAGAGAGUGUCGGUGCGCUUCAGCUGCCAGUUCCCGGCGUGGAUGACGUCAUCGUCGACGUGGCACACGCUGGACUUCAGCACCAACUACACGUUCCACUCGCGCAACAACACGCUGCGCAUCGCCAACCGCACCGCCGCCGCCGACGACAAGGUCUACUGCGUCAGCGUCAAGGCCAGCUCGCCCAGCGGCAACUCCGUCGCGCUCGUCGCGCACUGGCAGCACCACUGUGUGUCGCGCUACGUGUGCGUGGUGCUGUACCGGCGCGACGCGCAGCUGGCGGAGCUGCAGCGCGGCGCACCCGCAGCGCGCCCCGACGACGCCUGCUCGCCGCACCACUUCAACGCCGUCACCGCGCCCUACGUCACACUCGUCGCUAGCAAUCCUGAAUCGAAAGUUUGUCCAUAUUCUGGCAAAUACAGUAUACAAAGUCAUCGACAUCGGCGGACAGCGCGAUCGCCUCCCGAUAGGGUGUUAAAAGUGAACCGCACCAGGUCGUUCACGUUCAGCGUGAGGAACGCGUCGGAUGCCCGCAUGCUGCGCAGCCGGCGGCAGGCGGAGGCCGAGCCCGCCUGCGCCGACGCGGACUACCACCGCCUCGAGGUCGGCUGCAACUCGCCCAGGAACAUGGAGUUCUACUCCACCUGCGAGAACAGAGACAUGGUUACAGCGUACACGUGCCACGGCGGGUGGUACGAGAACGGUCUGUCGUUCGUGGUGGCGACGCCGGUGACGCGGCGCAGCACGGCCGCGCGCCGCUACUGCUUCGUGUCGCGCGACGCGGCGGGCGCGGCGGGCGCGGGGGGCGGUGCGGGCGGCGGCGCGGGGGACGCGGCUCGCCUGCUCGCGCGCUCCGCAGACAACUGCGACCGCAGCCCCGCGCUGCACGCGCUCAGCGCCGCGCCGCAAGGAGAAUGUCAAGAUAUACCCAACAGGCAGGGGGCAGCGCGGCUCAGCACGCGCCUGCUCCUGGCCAUCGCCCUGCUGCUGCUCACGGACAGGUGAUUCACAACACAGCUUCCUGACUCCUUGGUCGCGUACUCCUUGCUAUAUGCAACAUACGUUUUUUCUUCGUCACAUCCUUCGUGAACGAUUGAUCUAAUUUUUUUUUUAAUAUUUUUAUGUACACUGUCUUUAAAAAAGGACAUAUGAUUAUGAUAUUUGUAUUUUAUUUUGUAUAAAGUAAGUUAAAUGCCUUAUUUAAAAAUGUGUGUAUAUCUUGUUAUAAUCUUAAUAUAGAUAGACAGAAUGGCUUCAACAAAUCAUAAAUAAGUAGAUAAGCACAUUAAAUAUUGCCAACAUUGCAUUUAUAUCAGCAAUUUUAAACACACAAUACAACGUUUGAAUAAUUUUAAGCAGAGAAAAAUAACUUGCAAUGUAAAAUAUAAUUUAUAUCUAUAUUCGACUCUCGAAAUACUUUUUUUUAAACUAAACUAAACUUUUUAAACCAAACUUGAAAUCAAUUUCUGCGUAGUGUUGCCAUAUUGAAUUGUCUAUGGUAUUAAAUGUUUAAUGCAACAGUUGACAGAAAUUUGGUGCAAAUGGUUGUGAAAUUUAAUCGUUGUCUCAGAAUUAGACGACACAUAAUAUACAGAUUGUUUUAUUGUAAAUUUUGUAAUUAGUAUUUUGCUUAUUCCGCUGAUUAGGUGAAAAUGUAUUUUAUGUGUUCUGUUUUAAAUUAAUUGCUGUUUUCAUGUACAUACCCAAUCAUUGAUUUGUAAUUUUCAUUUAUUUCAUUGUUUUUUUCUUCUAAUUACAAAGUGUUAUAGUCUUUGUGCUCCGAACGAGUGACAUUUUUAUCCACUGUAAACCGAUUAUCAUUUCUUUUGAGUAGUAAACUCUUUGUCUUAGAAAGCAGUUAUUUUGAAGGUGUACAUUGAAAAUGAUAACUGACAGUGGCUUUAUUUUUCUAACAAAAUUUAAAUAUAAGUAACCUUAUCAUAAUUGUUUAAUGCAUGUAAAAUAAGCAUCAAGUAAGACUGUAUCAUUCGAAAAUAUUUUUAUUGUAUACAUUUGUUGAAUAUAGGCAAUUAGCACUGUAUGUAAUCAGAUAUACAACCUAUGUAAACAUUCGUAAACACAAAUUUUCACACAUGAAGCUUAGAAAUAUGUACAAAAUUAUUGUUAUAACGUUAAAACAUGUAGCUAGAAUAAUUUAGCUGUAUUUCUUUACGAUGCUAUGCAGACAAAAUAUGAUUUUAUUUUAUGUGUUUACUGUAAUUUCAAUUAAAAAAAGUUUAUUUAUUAUUUAUAACUAAAAUUGAUUUUAAACAUGAUUUGACCUAGGAAUUUCGCAGCCAACAAAGAUUUGUAGCAACUUUUCGAUGAGUUAUUUUACAGUUUAACGACACUUGUAUUUAAAAUAUUGCUUUUAAUACUUGUAGUUUUACUUUAGUAAAGAUGUAAAUCGUGUUUGCGUGGCGGCGGGCGGCGGGCGGCGGGCGGCGCGCCGCGUCCGUCACGAGGCGCCAUGUGAUGGCGGCCGCGGGUAAAGUGCGUUCGCGCGUUCUAAGGAAAGCAAUGUUUUCCUUCAUCAAGCAAUACUAAAAUAAUUAAGAUUAGUUCAUAGUAUAUACAUUUAGGUAAGCGAAGAAAAACGAAUACACAUUUUGAGAUAAAUGUAUAGUUAACUAGAUAGAUAAGUUUGAAUUUAGAUACUGAAUCGCGACAGCAAUAAUAUAUUUGUAUUUAAAGCUAUUGAGCGUUAAAUUUUUUAAUAGACUGUAGUUAGUCAGUUGUGAAUAAUUGAUUUAGUAUUGUUAUUUUUGAACGUGUCAGAGAUUAUUUCAUUUUGGAAGCGGAUCUUUGUAAAAAAAUAAUUUCCUUUGAUUUUUUAAAAUAGGAAAUUGUUUUUCUAUGAAGGAGCGAUAUCGGGGUUUCCAGCGUGUGAUAUACCUAGGUACAUCUAAAUUAAGUAUAUAGUCGUCAGCAUGAAUUAUAAUAAACAGCGAAAUAAUGAA